GAAGAAAGAAAAGAAAACGACAAAUCUCACCUACAUCUAAUCUACAUGCCCUCAUCACUUUAAUUCUUGUUUUGGAUUGUGAUUGGUACCUCCAAAAUUAUAGCUUUGUUUCUUCACUUCAUAUAUACCAAAAAAAAUAACUCCCAGUUUUCCUGCAAAAGUACCUGGAGAGGAAGACACUGUGUGAAGAAAUAAUUCAAGAAAAUAUAUUGACCCAUAACAAAAAAGAAAAAAGAGAUUAACUUUUCAAGAAAAUAAUUUGAUGGGUCAUCGUGUAUUUUCAUCUUCAUCACUAGUCUUCCUAAUCUUGAUUCUUAUUGGGAUUCCUAUAUCUUCCUCAAUCCCCUUUAUUGUUCUACAUGGAAUUGGAGAUCAGUGUUCUCACCAUGGAGUCAAACGUUUCACAGAGGAGCUUAGUCAAUGGUCCAAAUCUGAAGGAUAUUGCUUGGAAAUUGGAAAUGGAUCAUGGGACUCCUGGUUUAUGACUUUACAGGAUCAGGCUGAUGUCGUGUGUAGCAAGGUUAAGGAAAUGACAGAACUCAAAGAUGGUUACAACAUAGUUGGUCUCUCACAGGGUAACCUAAUAGGCCGAGCUGUUGUGGAAUAUUGUGAGGGAGGACCACAGGUUAAGAAUUUAAUUUCCUUAGGAGGACCUCAUGCUGGCACUGCUUCAGUUCCUCUCUGUGGUUCUGGGAUUUUUUGCAUUAUUGCUGAUAAUCUGAUCAAGUCGGAGAUAUACUCCGCAUUCGUCCAGGCUCACUUGGCUCCUAGUGGGUAUCUCAAGCUUCCAAAUAAUAUUGCUGGGUACAUGAAAAGCUGCCGGUUUCUCCCAAAGCUUAACAAUGAAAUCCCUAGUCAUAGAAAUUCCACCUAUAAGAAACGGUUCAGCAGCUUGGAGAACCUUGUCCUUAUCAUGUUUGAACAUGAUACUGUUUUGAUACCAAAGGAGACUGCUUGGUUUGGAUAUUAUCCAGAUGGGGCCUUUGAACCUAUUUUGCCACCACAGGAGACUCAGCUCUAUACCGAGGAUUGGAUUGGUUUGAAAACCCUGGACGAUGCUGGGAAGGUGAAAUAUGUCAAAGUAGCUGGGAAUCACCUUCAAAUUUCUUCUAGUGAUAUGAGAAAGCAUGUUGUUCCAUACUUGGCGGAGAAUGCAUCAACAGAUGGGAGCUCUGUAAACGUUGAACACGUGGCAUUGCAUGAUUUGCAAGACGAUGAUGCAUCAAGUGUUUUUACUUUUGAAGGCUCCUCAUCUUAUAAGUGGCCUGCACCUGUCAAGAGCUUCUUCGCAGAACUACUUGGCUUGACCAUAGAUGAACCGUCGAUUGACCCUUGAUUUGGUUGUUUGAUAGUUAAUGAUUCCACAAUGUACAACCUUAUUGGAAUAUAACAUGGCUUUGAUUGUAAGCUUUAUGUUAUCUCGUGGACUCUGAAUGUAAUAUUCAACUCUUGCAAAUGAUAACUAAUAUUAGAUAGUAUUGUUAGCAAUAA